AGCACAGUGCGUCCAAAACCCCAUUUUGUCUAUUUAUAUAAUUUGAGAGAGAGGGAGAGAGGGGAGAGGGCAGACUGCAGAUUUAUGAAGAAGUUAUAGGGUUUUUGCCUUCUGGAAGCUGAUUGAUGGAGUAUUUGGGAUUUUAGGAGCCGAUUGAUGAAGAAGAAAAUCGGGAGGAGUGGUAGAAGGGAGAGGAGGGGCAAAAUGAAGGGAGCAGUAGCAAAGCACUUGAGUGUUCAGCUAGGGCAAGUCUCUCUGCUGGCAUUUGAACAUCAAAAGUUCUGUGCAUCAGCCAAACCCUAUCAAUUUCAGACCCUUCUGGACUCUGAAGCGUCAGAAGCCGUGCAACCUAACGUCCUCGCUUCUUCAUCUGUCGACAUUGACGCUGAUGUUGAUGUCAAUGCGGAGGAUAAGGAGUUCAUCCUCAGUCAAGACUUCUUCUGCACUCCUGAUUAUAUCACUCCAGAUGGUCAAUAUAUGUCCAACAGUUUGGAUUGCAAUAUGGAUAUUCCUUGCCCCAAAUCACCGGAUAAACUAAACACAGUAAAGAACAAAAGACUUAGACAGGAUGGAAUGUCAUCAAAUUCUUUACUACCUUGCCAUGACCAAGCAGUUGAGCUUUCAGAAGACACUUCUGGAGCAGAUGAAAUCAAGAUAGAAAAAGCAAUGCCAUCUGGAUUGCAGAAACCGAAUUAUGUUUCACAAUCUGCUGUUGCUUUACGCUGUCGUGUUAUGCCCCCUCCUUGCAUAAAAAAUCCUUAUCUAGAAGAUGCUUCUGAAACUGAUAUAGAUCCUUUUGGAAGCCGAAGAUCAAAAUGCACAGGUUUUUUCUCAGAAAUUGUUGGUGGAGAUGGCCUUUCACGAUACCGUUCAGAUUUCCAUGAGAUUGAGCAAAUUGGUGAUGGGAACUUCAGCCGUGUCUUUAAAGUCUUGAAGAGAAUUGACGGUUGCAUGUAUGCAGUGAAGCAUAGCACAAGGCAAUUAUAUCAAGAAACAGAUAGGAGAAAAGCAUUGAUGGAGGUUCAAGCUUUGGCAGCUUUAGGUAAUCAUGAAAACAUUGUUGCAUACUACAAUUCUUGGUUUGAAAAUGAGCAACUCUACAUUCAGAUGGAACUCUGCGGUCACAGCCUCGCUAUUCGAAAAUCAACUCCAUUACUAAUGGAGGGGGAGGUGUUGAGGGUUAUGCAUCAGAUUGCCAAGGCUUUGCAGUUUAUACAUGAGAGAGGAAUAGCUCACCUAGAUGUAAAACCUGACAAUAUUUAUGUGAAGACUGGUGUUUAUAAGCUUGGUGACUUUGGUUGUGCAACCCUCCUUAAUAGGAGUUUACCAAUUGAGGAGGGUGAUGCACGAUAUAUGCCUCAAGAAAUCCUGAAUGACAACUAUGAUAAUCUUGACAAGGUUGAUGUCUUCUCCUUGGGGGUGUCCAUUUAUGAGCUUAUUCGAGGCUCACCACUUCCAGAAUCAGGCUCUCAAUUUUUUAAUAUCAGGGAGGGGAAGCUGCCACUCCUUCCCAGCUACUCUCUGCAAUUUCAGAAUUUACUCAAGGUUAUGGUAGACCCUGAUCCUAUUCGGCGGCCCUCUGCCAAAGAAAUAGUUGAAAAUCCAGUUUUCGAUCAGGUUUCUAGAAAUGCAAGAACCAAGUAAAUGCACUGCAUCACAGUCCUAAUGAUCAGAUUAAGACAAGGAGGGAACAGGAAGAAGCAUAUGAAUGGCUCAAUUUUGUAAUGACAGCCCUCUCUAAUAUAUAUGAUCUCUAUGUGCAUGUACCAGUUUUGUCCUUCAGCAUGGUGCAUAUGGUUUUGUAAAAUUUGUAAGGUUAAGAAAGGCUGUCUUUUUAUUUAUUUAUUUUUCUGUAAAAUGUACUAAAGCAUUACUUAUGACACAAGUUCUUUGCAUUCACCAGAUGCCUC